ACACAACAACGUCAACGAUCUCAAUCAACUUCUGAAGAAGGAAGUACUGAUGAAGGCUCUACUACUCGUUGUCUUUGUGGAGAAACUCAUAAUGUUGGAUUAAUGGUACAAUGCGACAAGUGUGAAGUAUGGCAGCAUUGUGAAUGUAUGGGUUUAGCCGAACAAGACAUACCUGAUCAAUAUUAUUGUGAAGAAUGUCGACCUGAAAACCAUGCACGGUCAUAUUCUUCUGAUGGAAAGGCAGCAUUAAUUGCUCAAGAUAAAAAAGCACCAAAGAAACGAAUGACGAUGAAUAGCCAAGAAGCAUCUUUAUCUUUGGAAGAUGUCUUAGCCGUUGUAACCCCUGAUGACAAUACUGAAUCCAAUAAUGCAACUGCUGUAGAAACAAAAUCAUUAAAUAAUAAAUCCAAUGACAAAAAAGGGCGACAAAAUUCUGGUGGAACUACUGGACGAAGAAAUAAUAUUGGUGGUGCUGGUCGAAGGCAAACCAACAAUAAACCAAGAUCAAGGACAUCUACACCACAACCCUGUGACACACCAACUCUUGCAUCAACAUCAGCCAAUAAUACUCAUACUAAUCAACAAUCCCAGCAAUUGGAACAGCAAUCAUAUAGUACAAAUCUGGGAUCAGUUCUUUUGAAUCAUUUUUCUGCUGAAUCCCGUGCAGCUUCACCACCGGCAAAAAUUCGAUACCCUACCUCACGAAUGAGUAUAUCGGAAAUGAAUCGACGCGCAAAACAGAUCUUGGAGUACAUUAGUUCUAUUCAAGUAGAAAUGGCUAAUAAAAACUUCAACAAUAACAACAACAACAGCAACAACAAUAGUAAUAAUAAGAAUAAUAAAAAUGGAAUUGAAAACGAUAUGACUGAUUUAUCAACCGCAACAUCAUCGAUAGCGUUAUCACAAGAGUCAAACACUCAUCCAAUAGCUCCACUGGAAACCAUUAGCAACAAUAAAACUAAUAGAGACAAGGGUAAUGAGGAUGUUAUCGGUGCUGGCACUGAACGAAAAGAAGAAAAACGAUCACGACAACAUCAACAACCAACGGCUAUUGUGAUUCCAGAAGUACGAUAUCAAGAUGGACCUUCGUCUUCUCUCAGUAGUGCAAGUACAAUUCCACUAGAUGAUACUCAACCUGGAUCUCCUCGACUAUUAGAUUUGAACGAAGAUCAAGAGCCUAGUCAAGCAGAAGAAGCUAUCAACAAGAACAAAAAACUACGACAAGAAGAAACAUCUUUGGAAAUCAUGGAUAUGCUUACACGGGAAUUGAUUAAGUUUCAACGUAAAUAUGGAUCUGGUAGUUAUUCUCAUCGAAGAACACAAUCACAAUCAGACGAUCAACAACAACAAUUAUUUCAAGAUGAAGGUCGUGUGACUCGAAGUGGCAAUAAUGGAAAUGGUGUACGACUUGGAUCAUGA